AUGUCUUGUCCAUAUCAGACGGCGUUUCCUGGGGAAGGUAUUUUAACAGAUCUUGCCAAGAGAUUGGUGGAUAAAACUAUAACAGAAGUCAAUUAUUUUCUUCAUUUCAAGACUCAUCUUUGCGAGUUUGAGCAACAACACAAUGAGUUGGAUGCAAAAUUUGAAGAAGUGAAUAAUGAUAUUGAAGAUGCCAAGAGAAGAAAUGAGAACCCAACCAAAGAUGUUGAAGUUUGGAAAGACAAAGCUUAUAUUCUAAUUCAGGAGAAUCAUAGAAUCAAGCAAACAUGGUCUUAUAGUUCAUGUCCUCAUUGGAGAUACCGACAAGGCAAGAGGUUGGCAAAGAGGAUGCUACUUAUUAAAGAUCACAUACAAAAGUUUAGCUUCGAAAGAGUGGCGCGUCCAGCUAAACUUCCAGGUAUCAAAUACCAUGCAAGAGAUUUCAUUGAUUUUGAGAGCAGAAAAUCAAAAUUGAAACAACUUGUGGAAGCUUUAAAAGAUGGAAAUCAUUACAUGGUUGGGUUGCAAGGGAUGGGGGGAACAGGCAAAACCACAUUGGCAACACAAGUGGGCAAACAACUUGAAGAAUCCAAAGCAUUUGAGAAUGUCAUCUUUAUUGUCAUGUCCAAUCCUCCAGAUAUCAACAAGAUUCGAGGAGACAUUGCAAGACAAUUAGGAUUGCAUUUAGAGGAAACAACGGAAGCUGAUCACUCAAAGCUUUUGUGGUUUAGAAUUUCUAAUGAAGAAAGGAAAUUACUUAUAAUAUUAGAUGAUGUAUGGGAAAAGCUAAAUCUUACAGACAUUGGGAUUCCAUUUGGACCUAAUCACAAGAAUUGCUAUGUUUUGAUAACCACUCGCCAUUCAAGAGUUUGUGAAGAAAUGAGAUGCCAAAAAACAAUUCACCUACACACAUUAAUAGAUGAGGAUGCAUUGAAUCUUUUUUUGUUUCAUGCUGCAAGUAAUGAUGGUUUUUUGAGAAAAGAGUUAGAGGAUCUUGCACGAGAUUUUGUGAAAGAGUGUGGAGGAUUACCAAUUGCAAUUGUAUCGCUAGCUAGCACAUUAAGAAUUUGGCCAGUAAGUGAAUGGAAGGAAGCUUUGGCAACUUUAAGAAAAUCUGAGCAAUUUCUUAAUGUUGAUGAAGAUUUGGUUCAGGUUUAUAGAUGCUUGAGCUUAAGCUAUGAGAAUAUGAGAAAUGAGAAGGCCCAAAAGCUCUUUCUAUUGUGUUCUAUUUUUCCAGAAGACUAUAAAAUUCCUAUAAACUUUAUUAUUAGACUCGGUAUAGGGGCAGGAAUUUUUGGCAAAGUUGAAGAUUAUUGUGUAGCUAGAAGCCAAGUACUUGGAGUGAAAAAUGAACUCGUAGCUUCUACUUUGCUGUUAAGGUUGAUGAGGAAGAAUGUGUAA